AUUGCAUUAAUUCAACACUGUGCAUAUAUUAAAUGUAAUUUUUUUCGUAAUGAGUUUAAUUUUAAUAUACUAUUUUCCUUAAAUGUUUUCACAAUUUUGUCUUCAUUUUUCUUGAUUACUUUUAAGAAUGACACGUUUCAGUCGGUACUGAUCAUAUUUUGCACAUAAUAAUUGUACACGAUUAGAAUAUUUUACACAAAUAUAUGGUACACAAAAAUUGUACGCGGAAAAACUGCCCACAAGAAUUAUCCUUGAUAAAAAUUGCAUACGGAUAUAUUGUGCGCAGAAAAAUUGUCCACUACACGCAGUUUUUUCACGUAGAAUUUUUUUGUGUACAAUAUAUUUGUGUAGAAUAUUCUAAUCGUGUACAAUUAUUUUGUGUAGAAUAUGAUCAGCGUCUUUCAGUCUAGUAUUACAUGUCGAUGGCGAAAUCUUAGUUCUUUUCGCACUCUUGGUGAGCCGGUUUUAUUUAUCCAGAAAGCGUUUUUUGUUCACGAAAAACACAUCACACAGUGGUAAAUAAUAUUCAUUUUAAGAAUAAAAUAUGCUUUGUAUAAAUUUAUUUAUUAUUGAUGUAAAAGAACAUUUUUAGUUUAGCAUAGCAUUAACGGUUAUACUAAGGCAUAUAGCGUUCAAGAAUAGAAUUUACUUACAGCAAGAUUCAUUUUUUUUGUGUAUUGAUGACCGCGGUAAAUAAUUUUUUCGUUGAUGCAUUCAAGAUAAAACGAAUUGAUGGAAACGGCAUAAUGAGAUAAGACGGCCGCAGGAGGAUCAUAGACGCCUUGGAUAGUUUGACGUGCCUGCGCGUCCCAACAAAAGUCGUAUAACGACAGCUAUCGCUUUUUGUAAUGGCUUUUUUGGUAGGUGAUUAGGAUGGUGACACCCUGAGUUGGUACGUGACAACACCUAGAGAUCGCAGCCUGGAGUCACGUACUCCAGGUACAUACAUAUAUACGCAUAUUUAUUUCGUACCUGUGCGUUUGCGCGCAUGUAUAUGUGUGCGUGUAUGUGCGUGCAUGUCAUGCGUGACUCUGAUCUUUCUAUUGUACAAUUGUUAUACGCAGUAUCAAGCAGAAUUCAAAACGUGCGUUUGCUAAAGUGUUCAGAGAAGAAUAUUACUAUCCUGUCUACAAAAUAUCUUGUUUACCAAGGAGUUUUUGUAAUCAGCACUCGUUUGCAAAACGUCUAUUAGCAAGAAAAUAAUAGAAAAUGGAGGAGAUUCGUAUGCCAGUACGUAACUCGCCAUCGAUAGAGCACACCUUGCGUCCAAUAUCUUAUGUGUCUUGGUUCAUGGGCGUGGGUAUUGCACAUCCGCUAAAGUGUCCAAAGUUUGUGACGAUAGUCAUACGUAUCAUACACCUGGUUAUGUGUACAGUGUUCCUAACAAUUUUCAUCCGUAAGAGCGUUUCGGCUUUAUCUAUGGAUUCAGUAAUACAAUUCGCCUUGAUUAUAGAUAAGACGAUAGACUUCGUAGCGGCAUAUUAUUACAUUUAUCACGGAAUCAGACAGUAUGACACGUGGCCAGAGCUGAUGUACAAAAUAAAGGAGCUCGAUCGAAAAAUUAGAAAAGAAACACACAUGAACGAUCGACCCGUAAAAGUCAUGGAAGUAGUAGCGAUUCUUAUGACUUUUGUGUGUUUGAUCCCGAUUGUACUCUACCUAUAUCACUUUUUUUAUUCAAAUAACCGUGUGAUGAAAAGUCUUCCUACUUAUUACAUGAUGGCACGGUCGACGAUCAACAGUUUCUUCUUCGGUGUUGUUGUUUACGUGCUUUAUUACAGAUAUAAAAUGAUAAAUAAGAUGCUCGGUCAUUUGGAUAAGCUAUCUGAUGCGCCAUUGAUCGCGCUCAAGAUUAGACGCAUUAGAGAACUGCAUAACGAUAUUUGUGACCUAGUAAUUGUGAUAAACAAUAUUAACAGUUUUUAUCUUCUUCUCUUCUCGGCAAACUGCUUUUCUAUUCUAACGACUACACUAUACUAUGGAUAUAUACGUUUUAUGAAUCAUAUGCCUUUGAGUGUAUUCAUAUAUUGCGUGACUUCGUUGUACACUAUUCAAUUUGGUGUGAUUUGCUGGGUUUGCAAACUCGCGUGCCAAGAAUUCGAGAAAACCAAGACAAUUAUGUGUGCAAUUGCACUGAAAUGCCAAUUUAUGAAGUUUGACGAACCGAACGAUACCAGGAAUCAAUCGAGUUUAGAGGUACGACCGCCAUUGGAAAGCGCGGACGGCGAGCAAAAUUUUAAUUGGAGUAACAGUUACGAUUGGAAUUACGUUGUCGUGGAAAAACUUUUGCGUAAAAUUUUGGCUCGCGACCAUGUCAAUAAUGAAAUUAAUGCUUUUCUUAUUCAACUACAACAUCGUCGAGUAUCAUUUACGGCAUGCGAUUUCUUUGAAAUGAACAAUAAUCUGUUCUGUGGUUUUGUCGGUAUAAUCGUCACAUAUUUGAUAAUUUUCAUUCAAUUUUAUAAAUCUAAACAAAAACAAAGUGCAACUUGUACUGGUAAUUUAUGAUUUAUAUAUAUAUAUAUAUUUCCUGUUAAAAGAAGUUAUUGCUGUAAUAUUCUGUCUAUUUUCAAUAAGCUUAUUUUGUAUUAAUAAACGUGUAUAUUGUCGUAUAAAAGAAAUGAUAAAUUUUUUUUUGUACUAAAUUAAAAGAAUGGUUACUGAUUUAUGUGAAAAUCUUAUUUACGUAAAAAAUCUUAGUAGACAUACUAUAUACAAUAAUUUAUUGCAUAUAAAUAAACAUUUAAAUUUUUGCAUAUAAAAAAGUAAAUUUAUAGUAAUACAGUUAAUAACACGUGAUUUAAUAUUGUGAAAUUUCAGAAGCAUUCUAUUUUGAUGUUACAUAAAAUAUCAGGUAAAAUUCAUGGCACGCGCUCGUAGAAGCGUUUUAUUUCCAGAAAAUCUUUGCUAUUUUUCUUACACAAUAUUUUGUGUGAGUAUAAUAUUAUCAGUUCUGUUUAUGUCGAUUAACAAAAAAAGUAAGAGGUAAAAAUGGAAAAGAUCUGUGCACCAGUAGGCGACAACACACCGUUGCUACAGCACAUGUUACGCCCAAUAUUUCCCGGUUUCUAGGUGUUGGCAUUGCAUGUCCGCGCAAAUGUCGCAAGAAUGUCACGAUAAUUUUAUGUAUAAUUAACUUAAUUAUAUGUUCUAUUAUUUUGAUGUACAACAUGAUAUGUUUCUUUCUUUGCUGUUUAAGGCGACAUAUUUAAGUUUGUAAACACACAAAAAGUUGUAUUUUUUAAACUGUGCAAAAAUGUUUCUAUUCGAGAAUAUUUUAUAUCUAAAAUAGUAUUAAAA